GUUGAUAGGGUUUGGUGGAGGAGGGCCUUUAAAACCUCCGUCAUAUCUUUAGUGCAACAAACUCAGAAUCGCCUUAGAGAAAUUUCAAAAUAAAGACCCCCCUCUUUAUAAAAGAAGCAGUUUUUGGCGGCGCAUUCUUUAAAAAGCAAACAAAAAAAAAACAAGCGGCCAAGGUGACAGCGAGGGGCCGGAUGAGGACUAGAUUUGCAGAGGUGUUAGCAGGAGUGUGUGUGUGUGUGUGUGUGUGUGUGUGUGUGUGUGUGGAUGCCACAGUGAUCCACUAGACUGACGUCUCUCCGGUAGCGCAGACGAAGACCGCAGCCCGGUUAUUUCACAGACUUCCUCAGUACAGCCCGAGCCAGUCGACACAUCUCUCCUGCAGAGAGACGCGGAGAGGGGGCAUUUUCUUUCAAAAAACAACUUCGACAACGACAAAAGCUGUAGUUUUUGCAGCAUGUACCACCUUCGGCAAUCUCCGUUUAAACACACUCGCCCAGCAACUGUUUGAUUUUGCUGUAGGCUUCUUCUUUUUUGUGAGGAGAGAUUCGUCUUUUUCCCCCCCUUCGGCUGAUGUAAAUCAGACCCCUCUUUUAUUGGAAUGAUGUGGACCUCUCAUGAUACUGUUGGAUUUGUUUUCUUAGCCGGAUUUUGUGUGCAAUUGGGAUUCUCCUUUGAAGGUCGCUUCACGGAUCUGCCCUCCAACAUGACGGUUAAGGAGGGACAAAACAUAGAAAUGGCGUGCGCUUUCCAGAGCGGAACUGCGUCGGUGUAUUUGGAGAUCCAGUGGUGGUUCGUGAAAGCGCCGGAACCCACUGACAGCGAGGAGGAGGUCGAUGCUGAAGAGAUGGAGAUGAUACCAGAGCCUGAUCCUGAUGACGAAGGGACAAAAAUAAGUACGGUGAAAGUCCAGGGCAAUGACAUCUCACACAAGCUGCAGAUUUCCAGAGUCAGCAAGAGUGACGAAGGACUGUACGAGUGCCGGGUGACCCGGGCCAACUACGGAGAAAUUGUGGAGUACAAAGCCCAAGCCUGGCUGAAGGUCAACGCCACGGCCAGGCCACGACGACCACUGCCGCCUCCCAAGAAAAGCUCCCCGCUGCACCUGACAGACAAGAAGCCAAGAAAGUCCAGCUCACCUCUUGGCCAGGACAACAUGAGUUCAGACCAGAGGGUGGCCUCCACCUCCACCUCUCACACAUCCUCCAAUACAGCUAAACACAACCCCGGCUCAGGUACAAGAAUAUCAUCCAGCUAUGGACUGGCUGUCCUCCUUCUGGCGUGCGGUUUGGUGAGGGAUGCCUUGUUAUAAUUUGAAGAACUGACACGGUUUGCGCCCCGAUCUCUCUCUCUCUCUGUCUGUCUCUCUCUUUCUCUCUCUCCGUUUGCUCUUGAAGCGAAUGAGAAAAUUGCCUGUUUUACCUCCCCCUCCUUUUCCCUUCCUUCCCCUCCUCCCUCCUCCCCCACCACGCGGACUGCACAGUUGGCCCUCAUUUUCCCAGCCACUACUGCUCUCGUACCCAGCACAUUGUUAUUAGCUACUGUAAAACACCAGUCACCUUUAAAAACCGGUUGGAUUACUUUUUUUGUACAGACGUCGACUUGACACCGUCCGAGGCCCAACGCUCCGGCGUGAAAACAGACUCUGUAUCUUGUUGGAUAACUCUCACGGAAGAAUGACUUUCUUAUGGUUUCGCUGUUAAUGUGUUCAUUGCUCAAAAGUGAACAAGAAAAAAAAGGAGAAUCUACAUUUGUGUACAAUAUAUAUGAUUCUAGAUAUAUAUCUGUUUUAUUUGAAACACCUAGAAUUACUGUAUGUGCUGUAUACAUAGCUCUCCAUAUUGGCCAUGGAACUUCAUUGUGAAUAGGCACUCUGGCCCUCUCAAAGAAGCAAAAGAAAUUCAAGUACAUGUUAAUUUAGACUGUUAACAUUAACCAGCAGGUUAAAAAAGCUAAAAGUUUUCUCUCUUUUCCCUUUAGCUGUAUUGGCCAUCAAAAUUAUCUAAUGUGCAUAAUUUUACAUCUUGUUGGUGAUGCAUAAUACAGGUGUGCAUGCUUAUUAGUCUGAAGGCCUAAAAGAGGGGAGCAUACGUUAUUUGAGCUACAUUAGUCAACCCUUGGAGUUUAGUGUUACAGUAUGUUGAAUUUAGCUUUAUUUUAAUGUGCUAGCUUUGGUGUGAAAAAAAACAAUUGUCCCUUGUCAUUUUAAUUUGUAUCGCAUCCUCAGUAGGAAUAAAAAGGAUGUCACAAUUUAUGAGUCAUUCAAAAUCCUGAUAUGUGACCAUUGGAUGAUUAAUUUUAAUCGGCCCGCACCGUUUUUCCAAAUGGCAUGCUUCAGUUGCCAUGCACCUCCCUGGUAUGUGUCAUUAUUACAUAAAGGUGAAUGAGGAUUCGCCCACUUUGGAUCAUGAGUAUAGCUAGCGUGUAUUAUGUUAGCGCACAAACACACACAUUUUGCACUUUUGUGAGUGGCUGGAGGGUGACACGAGAUGCAGUGCAACACAGAGAGCUGACUUGCUCAUCAUCAACACUGUAUAUGACCCAUGUUUUGGGAGAAAUAUGUUAGUUUUGUUGAAAUCUUCUCUUAUAUCUCGCAGUAAUAUAUUUUUAUCUUUAUUUUCAGAUGAUAUAUCAUAGAGAUUUCUAUCCACGCAGAGCAUUUAUAAGCAAAACGCUUUGACAAUCUGACGCAGACACAAACAAAGGUGUUUUUUGGGGGGUGGGUUUCAUAGUGCGACAACUUCCGAUUCUUACAGUGGUGCAGCAUAACCUCUAAAAUAAAUGGGAUUCUUUUGUUGUUGUUAACUUUUGAGCUGAAAUGGAAACUGCGCGCCACCUUUCAGAAAUGCAGAUGUUCUAAUUCAAACUGAAAUACUUAUGAAUAAUAUAGUAGUUGAUUUAUGUCUCCAGAAUCAUACUGUCAGUGAAUGUUAUCCACCAUGAGUACUGUGCUGCCAGACUGCAGCAGUUGCCCCGCAGUGAGAUCAAAUCUUUAUUUUGGUAGACAUUGACCCCUAAGCACAUGCUGUUGUUUUUGUUUUUUGCUCAGUUGAUGCCCAAAAUUUAAAGGUAACAUGAAGCAUGAUUAUGUAGUUCCUCAUGUGUUGUAUGGUAUAAUCUAACAUUCACACAUAACAUAACAGAUGUAAUUGCCAACGAUUGCCGUGCUGUGGUUUUGUUUUUUCUUUUCAAAAGGCAAAAUACUCGCCCCCCUUCAAGCUUUUUUUCCGCUUUGCAGACAAAGCAAAAAUCUCCCUUGUAUAGUGCAUUCCCAAAGAACUGUGGAUGGGGAAACUUGUUGAUUCAGCACUGAGGUUCGAAGGCUGACGGAGUGCGUCAUGCUUUGGGAUCAGACCAGAGACGUCGACUGAUCAGCAGCUUCCAAGCCUGGAUACAAGAUGUGUGGGCGAUAGAGGGCAACCCUGUCAAAUCCCUCAAGUUCCAAAUAGCUUCAGGGUGUAUUCGGACAGUUAAUCUAGCAUCACCAUAUAUAUAUAUAUAUAUAUACCACUCUGCUGUGACUGGGAAUGGAUUGUUUUGAAAUGAGACGUUACCUAAUGUGAUGCAGAAUGUUUAGUUCACAGAAGUUUAUUUUGAGGUAUCGAGAAUGGGAUUUGGAUGUUGGAAACGUGCCCAAGCACUUUGGAGAGAACGUGCACAGUUUGAGUGGACAGUCUGUCCAACCCUCAUGUAAAAAGUUACAGAUCUGUACAACUUGUAAAUGAAAUAAUCAGCAUGUUAACAGUUUUUUUUAAAAACUCCAUUUAAAAAGGCAGAGGCCAGUGAUGUUCUGUACUUGUAACAAUGGUGUCAUGUACUCAUAUUCAAGUGUUAACAAGUCCAAAGUGGGUUUUCAUCUCUUCAAAAUGAACUUGGGUAAAAUGUAUUUGACAAAAAAGUAUAUCUAUAUAUAUUAGAAACAUCUCCUUUAUAAAGCUUUCAUCCUAAUCUAGGGGACUUGCUUGACGCUGGGUCCUUGCAACAUAUUGAAUAACAAAGGAGGAGAGAUUGAAGCGAUGAUUUGAUAUUGUGAUCUGAGUGACGAAAAAUGAUGCUUGGAACAAAAAAAAAAAAAGAGUUUGGGUUGUGAUGGAGGCUGAAUUGCUCACAAGGCAACAAGGUUUCUGUUACCAAAGAGGAGAGCAGUUCACAACGAUGGCUAGAGAAGCAGUUCCUCCAUCCAGGGAUGUUAUUUCACCACAACCAUCUUUCUGUUCUGUUUUAUAUGCCACGCUACUCAUCCACUCUAGAUGUAUUUGUUUCUUCUAAUGUAUUUCAUUUCAAUGCGGUCCUGUCUGUUUGUUGAGCUGUCAAAAAUUCUGAUGAAUUAUAGUUCUCUUUUCUUUGGUAUUGUGUGAGGCUUCUGUACUGGAACAUUGCAACAGUUUGUAUUAUAAUGACGAUAUCAGAAUAAUAUUUAAAUAAACCAUUUUCACAGAUGAAAUUCAAA